AUGACUAUCUAUAUUGCAUCUUUGUUUCUUCCUUACACAAUUCAUUUUGAGGUUGAGGCAUCCAAGGUGCCUAUGCUCAACGAUGACGAAAUUGUUGAGCCUGUAGAAUCCCUCAAUAGCAAUAAUGCUACGCGGAUUGGUAGUCCUUCUGAAGAAUCUGACUAUGAGGAUUCCACAAUCUCCAUUUUGAAGUCUCUUGCCAAAAACAAGUCCACUUCUAACUUGUCCUAUGAAGAAUCCGAAUUGGCUUCUAUUUCGAGCGGCGAAGCAUCUGAGCAGCCAUCAUUUCGGCAGCAACUGCAACAGCAACUGCAACAGCCGCAGCAGCAGCAACAACCCAUAAUGUUCACUCCUUCCAAUAGAGUGUCAGUGCAGGACUUUUUCUUCAACAAUCCCAACAGUUCCAGGCUGUCUUUAAGCUCUCCUUCGAUAGAGGAUACUCAGGCCCGUUCUGAAGGCGGCUAUUUUGCUGCCGCCACUAAUACCACUGCUGAAUCUCCAGCCUCUGGGUCUGCUAUUGCUACCACGCCUUCCAAGAUUAACACGGUGCCUGCAGUUGGCUCAGUGGGUUCUGGAGGCUCUGGGGCCUCCACUUCUUCGCCCACCGGUGCCGUUCAGAGAAGCAAAUCUGGCAUUCCACCCUCUGGAUUGGCCGGUUCUUCUGCAUCUGCCUAUGUUAGACCUCACUCGAGGUUGAGAAAUCCUCCCCCUCCUACUAAUGUAUCAGAGCUUCUUCCUAGACCAAGCUUGGAACAUACCAGAUCAACUCGUAGUUUUGGUAGCAGCAUGAGCAGAGCCUUGUUGGCUCGUAGAGCCAGCUCUCAGGUUAUUCCUCGUCAGAGAUCUUCAUUAGCGGGUGCUGACGUCGGAUUUGAGGGUGAUGGUGAUUCGGCUGCAAUGAUGAAACCACUCAGUGGACAGAGAGCUGAUGAUCAAUUAGAUCGCUACUUUGCUGAGAAGACUACCAAUGGAAAAGUGGUUCCCUUCGGCGGUUUCUCCCGUGAUUACAAGUCCUUGCUAAACGAGCAGAACAAUGUGUUUGCUACUGCUCCUUGGAAGGUUGUUCAUUACGAACGUGGUAACGGUAGUUUACGUAACGCCGUUCAUCAAGCUGUCGAAAGUGGUCAUUUGAAAGAUGUUCAAUGGAUCGGUACUCCUUGUAUGCCUUCAGAUUUGGUUCCUCAGAAAACCAGAGAUGCCAUUUCUGUGAAAUUAAAUGCUGAAUACGCUUCCGACCCAAUAUAUGUAUCAGACGAUGUCUUUGAAGGAGCUUAUGAUCGAUUCUGCAAGCAAGUUUUAUGGCCUAUUCUUCACUAUCAGCUUCCUGAACAGCAGAAGGCCAACGAGUUUCUCAAUGGUUCAUGGAGAGACUAUGAAACUGUAAACCGUCAGUUUGCCGAUAAAUUAAUUGCUAAGUAUAAAGAAGGCGAUAUUAUUUGGAUUCACGACUACCAUUUAAUGCUUGUUCCAGCCUACGUUCGUAAGGCUUUACCUAAGGCUAAGAUUGGCUUCUUUCUUCACGUUUCCUUCCCGUCCAGUGAGGUUUUCCGUUGCUUGGCUCAACGUAAGCAAAUCCUUGAAGGUUUGUUGGGCGCUGAUUGUGUUGGUAUGCAAGCCGAUGAGUACGUCGCCCAUUUUUUCCAGAGCUGUAACAGGCUUCUAUUGGCAGACUUUGAUGACUACGGCAUUCAUUACGGUAACAGAACUAUCAGUGUCACCCAUAAUCCAAUUGGUAUUGAUGCUUUUGGAUUGCAGAAGGUCAUUAAUGGUGAUGUGGUGAAUAACUGGAGGGUCUUAGUGAGGGACAGAUGGGCUGGAAAGAUGCUGAUCGUGUCUAGAGACAAAAUGGACAAGAUUCGUGGUGUAAAGGAGAAACUUCUAGCCUAUGAACGAUUUCUCAACGAGAAUCCAGAGUAUCUAGAGAAGACUCUUCUCUUACUUAUCUGUAUUCCUGGGCGUGCUGCUGCUGACGAAAAGAUGGAAAACGAGAUUCUUACUGUUGUGGAUAGAAUAAAUUCUCGCAGAGACAACAUUGCUAGUGACAGGCCUGUUAUCGUUCUUAAUCAGGACUUGCAAUUUGAGCAGUACUUGGCCCUUCUUAGUGAGGCGGGCUUGUUUAUUGUGUCCACUCUUCGUGAAGGUAUGAACUUGACGUGCCAUGAGUUCGUUGAAGCGUCUUCAGAAGACCAUUCACCGUUGAUUUUAAGUGAGUUUGUUGGCUCUGCCGCAGUUUUGUCCGGUGGUGCCUUGAUCACCAAUCCUUACAAUGUUAGGCAGGUGGCAGAAGCCAUUCGAAUUAGUGUUGAAAUGAGUGCUGAAGAGAAAGGACGCAGAUGGAAGGCUAUGCACGAGGCAGUAUUACGCCAUGAUUCGCUCAACUGGGUUAUUCAAGAUCUCAAGGAUAUCGAUGAGGCCAGUUUACUAAAUACAAGUCAACAACCGGGGGACAUGAAGCAGCUAACGUGGGCCGCAGUUGACAAUGCUCUUCUGAAGAGCAAUUCGAUGUCACAUACAGAUUCAGGUAGUACCUAUUCUCGUUUGUUUAUCAUUGACCUUGGUGUUCUUAUUUCCAACGUGGAAGUUCACGGAACCAAGAUCAACCCUAUUCAGCAAAGACUUACAGAUAGUAUCAUCAACAAUCUGGCAUCGGAUCCUUCAAAUGCAGUGUAUUUAUUAAGCUCCUCUACCAAAGCUGAUCUUGGAAUGCGGUGCAGAAGUAUGAAUGAUGUGGGAAUUCUUUCUGAGAAUGGUGCGUAUGUUAGACUCUGUAACGAAUUGGAGUUUACUUCUUUGGUGUCUCAUAAGGAAUUGGAAUGGUUGUCUGCCGUGGUGGACACGAUGAAGUCUUUUAGUCUUAGAAUUCCAGGAGCUUACGUGGAGACUGAGUCUUCUAUGGUGAGGUUCCACACAGAGGGAAGUCACGAUAUCGAACCCGAGCACAGGGACAAGCUUGUCGGAGAGCUAAUGGCUCAUAUCAACGAAUUAUAUGGUCAUGACUGGAACCUACAUGCUCAUGUAGUGAACAAGAUGGUCGUGGUUCAAGAGGCAGAUACUGUGCAAAAGGCUCUUUCCUACAUUGUUGACCAGAGUCAACUUACGUUUGUUAUGGCUACAGGAGAGACCAGCCCUACCAAUGAAGAAGUGUACAAUUUCUUCAGAGAGCGUAGAGAGCGGUUCGCCAAUAACGUGUUGACCGUAAAGAUGGGCAAAGCUCACGACAGCUCGAAUGCCGAAUUUAAGUUGCAUGGUAUGAAUGAGCUCUUGAUUGCACUUUCAAGGGUGGCCUAA